AUGAAAGACAUACCAAUCAUCCGUAAGAUGAUGCCUGACGGUCAAACUCAUCCGUAUCAGAUCUGGAGUGCCAUGUCCGUCAACUCUGCACUAGGGCAGGUUUGCCUGGAUGCGGGAUAUACUGAGCCUGUCACAACGUAUUCUUUUAGGCGAGGUGUUGCUAACAACAUGGAAGCUACUGCAAGCUCAAAGAGUACUAAAGAAGCUCUUGGACACAAGAGUGACCGCGUUUGGCACUCUUAUGCAGCGCCUGUUGUUAGUGUUGAUGGCCAAAACAUAGCCUAUGGUAAGCCAGAGGACGCUUCUCAUGCACGAUUCACUCAAAGUAUCGCUGUUACUCGUGACUUUGGCGCUCCAAAGCCGUCUGGAACGCAGCUAGGCAUGAGUAGCGUUGUUUUCGAAGACGCUAUAUCUAGAGCCAAAUCCGACAAAAAACCACUCACAGAUAGAGCGACGUACCGGAAAGCACUUAGACUGCAGCACAAGAUGGAGCGUGACGAAUAUGCCACAAGACUCAGAACGGUGGUUCAGACUCUGCACCAUCAUUCCGGCGUCCGGAGCCUUCAGCAGUUUUCAGGCAGAUGCUCAAGUACAACCCUCUUCAGACACAGGUCAUUGAAACCCUUUGGACUGCAGACAAUGCUUCUCUUGGAGAAUGCGUCAGACCUCUAA